AUGGGUACGGCAGAUUGGAUGUUGCCAGAAUUAGGAGCCAACGUUGUGCAUCGAUGCAUUAUUCCAGCGCCUUUAGCGAACGGCUCAUGCAAUUGCCAGCGAGGCCUCGAGGCCUGCUGCUUCGCUCGCCGUGCACGGCAGAAGGACAGCGGCGAGAUUGGUUUGGAUAACGCCACCCCUUUCUCCCUCUUCUACCCCAGAAGUGUGGAUGGGAUACGAGGACGGGCGGCCGAGCCAAGAGGCUUGGGAGAAGGCUUACAGAGAGGCUUGCAGCAUGCCGGUUCGUCUUCUGGACUGUCUUGUGUCUGUCAACUUUCACAAGCAGGACUUCACAGUGACAGUGUGCAGGUGGCUUGCAUCAGACGCAAGAUUGAGGAUGAAGGUCCCGGUCAUGUCUUUCCGCCAAAGCCAGCACAUAACCUCGUGAAAGGAGCUUUCCUGUCCGCCUCUUGCUCCGUGCAGUACGAAAAGGAACAGUUUGAUGAUGGCUAUUUCGAGAUCAGAAGACCAGUCACCACUCUCCACGAGGGCAGCGUGGAUGGAAUGGGGAAAACGUAG